UAGACUGAUGAGGAAUGGCAGCCCUUCUCUGCCCUCUGUGCCAUUUCUCUUUGACUUCACUCUGUUUUCUCAUCAACUAUCCUGUCGGUCAGCAGGAAUGAUAGAGAUGCUGCGGAAGAUAAACUUGAGUCGUGCCGUGCGCACCAUGCAUGAGCUGUUCCCAGAGGAGUACAACUUCUACCCACGCUCCUGGAUACUGCCUGAGGAAUACCAACUCUUCUCCACACAGAUUCGUCUCCUGAAGGACAAUGAUUCAACCCUCAAACCCACGUUCAUUGUUAAACCGGACAGUGGAUCCCAGGGCGACGGCAUCUACCUCAUCCGUGACCCCGCUGAUCUUCGGGUCAUCUCAGGUGCUCAGAUCAAACAAGCAGUUGUUCAAGACUAUAUCCAGAAACCUCUGCUCAUCGAUAAACUGAAGUUUGAUAUCCGCCUCUAUGUUCUGGUCCGCUCAUUGGAGCCUCUAGAGAUCUACAUCGCUAAAGAGGGUCUGUCCAGGUUCUGCACAGAACCCUACCAAGAACCCAGCCAGAAGAACCUCAGUCAUGUUUUUAUGCACCUUACCAACUACUCCCUUAAUGUGCACAGCGGAAACUUUGUCCACUCCGACAGCUGCAGCACGGGCAGUAAACGCACCUUCUCUAGCAUUCUCUAUCGCCUGGCAUCUAAAGGUGUGGACAUCAAGAAGGUCUGGUCAGACAUUAUUGCUUUGGUUAUCAAGACAGUAAUUGCACUUGUGCCUGAACUGAAGGUGUACUACCAGGCAGAUAUACCACCUGGAAAACCAGGACCGACAUGUUUUCAGAUCCUGGGCUUUGAUAUCCUGCUGAUGAAAAACUUGAAGCCUAUAUUACUAGAGGUCAAUGCCAAUCCCAGCAUGAGGAUUGAACAUGAACAGGAGGUGAGG